CCUAUUUCAAUUUCGCCUUCUCGGACGUCGCGUUACAUGUAGGAGCUGGGUACGCGACACAACCUCCAUGUCCAAAGUUUAACUGGACGACAUUGUUGACUACGGACGUCUUUGCAUGCUUUAAAUCAUCGAUACGACGCUUAUACAGAAAGGGUUUGUAGUUCCAGGACUCGAUAUAUGUAUGACAGUAUAUGACGGCGCCGAAUUGGAGACGGUUUUUCCGAUGGAUCCUCCCCCGGAGUGGGCUCCGUAUAUGACCGUCUGAUGCGGAUGCCGGGACUGAAACACGAUCGCACAGUCUGUGAACAGAAAAUGAGGUGAGACGAAAUGAUGAAUUUCUGUUAGGAUGCCAUAAAGAGGGGCCGGCGUACCGUUCGUGUCCCUUUUCCUUUCCAUUCCAACCUUAAAUCACGUUCUCUCUUCAACAGAUCUGAACAUCGUCGUAAAAAUGUCUACCUCAUUCUCUUCAUUGCCAGUCGUCUCUCUCUCUGCUCUAUCAUCACCUUCUCCAGACCCAGGAGAACUCACGGCAUUGUCUACGCGCCUAGACGAAGCCUUCUCAACGACUGGAUUUGUCUAUCUCAAGGACCUACCCCUCACGUUUAGUCACGAGGAUGUCUUUGCACUUUGUGAUGAGUUCUUUGGGGCCAAUGGGUUGUCCAUGGAGGAGAAGAUGACUCUUGCGAAGAAGACUUUCAUCAAGACUAACAAGAACACAUAUAGAGGCUAUUUCCCAACACAGGCUGGAGCAGACAACGUCAAGGAAGGUUUCGAACUUGGCACGCCAAGCAUCAAGACCACUGUCUUGCCUCUCACUAGCUCCAAAUUUGAUCUCACUGAGCCCAACGUCUUCCAUCCUUCGUAUGCCGACUUCCAGGCUCGGUGCGAGAUGCUCCAUACAGAGCUUCAAUCACUCGCUGCACGCCUUCUCUCCCUCUUAGCUAUCAGCCUAGGUAAACCUGCGACAUUUUUUGAUCAUUACCUCUUCGAAUCGCUCAGCACUCUCCGUCUCCUUCAUUACCCUCCAGUUCCAGCAGAACGCCAGCAAGAACUUAUCUGCACCCCCCACACUGACUCUGGUAUUCUCACCCUCCUUCACCAGGACUCUACCGGCGGCCUCGAGGUUCAAAAUACUGAAGGGGAUUGGAUCUCCGCUCCUUAUGUCCCUGGCAGUAUCGUCGUAAACAUUGGCGACUUGAUGGCCAAGGUUAGCGGUGGACGCUGGGUAGCCACUUUUCAUCGUGUUAGGUCUGCUAGGAGAGAAUCCGGUGAGGCCAAGGGAAGGUACUCUGUUCCAUUCUUCUUUGAGCCAGGCUUAAAAUGUCUUGUGAAAAGCGUGGAGGGUGACGAAGUCGUCUACGGAGUGCAUGUCUUGGACAAGAUGAAAGGCUGGGUAGAGUUCCAAGAUGUGGCAGAAGAGGUUGCUGAUAUCGUUGGCGAUGGGAGGAUGGAGGUUGAAGCGUUUUAGUCUUUAGGCUCGAUCAUUGAGCCGAGAGCGUAGAUAUACACUGCUUCGAACACAGCUUCUCGUGCUCAAGCUAGGAUCUUGAUAGACUUUACCAUAGAAAAUAGAUGCU